AUGAGGCGACCAUAUCCAGUCACAGUCGGUGUUGAUGGUUCUGUGUUUCGUUUCCAUCCGCACGUGAAGCGGCUUAUGCAUAACAAAAUCGGUGAACUUGUUGAUAAAGGAAUCGAGGUAAGUCAAUAAAA